GCGGGCCCAGCCGAGAGGAAGCGAGAGCGCCCGAGUUUGCAAAGAGCUGCUUUGUGUUUGGUAUUUUGAGAAAAUGGCCGAAUGCCUAUUUCAGUCAGGAAUGCCGCCGCCGAGGCCGGCGCUGGUGGCAGCAGCACAGAGGAAUUCGUGCAACACGUUGGGCUUUCGGGCCGUGCUGGGAUGGUCUUCCCGACAAACGUUAAAAUUCCUUUAGGGAUGGCAGUUGGGGUUGGGGAGGUAUUAGAAAAGUCGGUUUUGGGGUAAAUUACCGAGUAGCCAGGACGGUAAAGCCCAGGGACAGCUUUUGCCUUCGGUUUGUUUUCUGUGAUGGCAUUUGAUUCCGACUUUUGUUGAAUACAGUUAUGGCCACCCAGGUGAUGGGGCAGUCUUCUGGAGGAGGAGGGUUGUUCACCAGCAGUGGCAACAUGGGUAUGGCCUUGCCUAACGACAUGUACGAUUUGCAUGACCUCUCCAAAGCUGAACUGGCUGCACCUCAGCUUAUCAUGUUGGCAAAUGUGGCCUUAACUGGGGAAGUAAAUGGCAGCUGCUGUGAUUACCUGGUUGGCGAAGAAAGGCAGAUGGCAGAAUUGAUGCCUGUUGGGGAUAACAACUUUUCAGAUAGUGAUGGAGAAGGACUUGAGGAGUCUCCUGAAAUAAAAGGUGAACCCAGUGGACUGGAAAACAUGGAACUGGAAAGUUUGGAACUCAGUGUUGUAGAACCACAGCCUGUGUUUGAGGUAUCAGCUGCCCCAGAAAUUUAUAACGCAAAUAAAGAUCUUCCUCCCGAAACACCUGGAGCAGAGGACAAAUGCAAGAAUUUGAAGACCAAACCUUUUCGCUGUAAGCCAUGCCAGUAUGAAGCGGAAUCUGAAGAACAGUUUGUGCAUCACAUCAGAGUUCAUAGUGCCAAGAAGUUUUUUGUGGAAGAAAGUGCAGAGAAGCAAGCUAAAGCCAGGGAAUCUGGUUCCUCCACUGCGGAAGAGGGAGAUUUCUCCAAGGGCCCCAUUCGGUGUGACCGCUGUGGCUACAAUACCAAUCGCUAUGAUCACUAUACUGCUCACCUGAAACACCACACCAGAGCUGGGGAUAAUGAACGAGUCUACAAGUGCAUCAUCUGCACAUACACCACAGUCAGCGAAUAUCACUGGAGAAAACACUUGAGAAACCAUUUUCCCAGGAAAGUAUACACGUGUGGAAAAUGCAACUAUUUUUCAGACAGAAAGAACAAUUAUGUUCAGCAUGUUCGAACUCACACAGGAGAACGCCCAUAUAAAUGUGAACUUUGUCCUUAUUCAAGUUCUCAGAAGACUCAUCUAACUAGACAUAUGCGUACUCAUUCAGGUGAGAAGCCAUUUAAGUGUGAUCAGUGCAGUUAUGUGGCCUCUAAUCAACAUGAAGUAACUCGCCAUGCAAGACAGGUUCACAAUGGGCCUAAACCUCUUAACUGCCCACACUGUGACUACAAAACAGCAGACAGAAGUAACUUCAAAAAACACGUAGAGCUACAUGUUAACCCGCGGCAGUUCAAUUGUCCCGUAUGUGACUAUGCAGCUUCCAAGAAGUGUAAUCUGCAGUAUCAUUUCAAAUCUAAGCAUCCGACUUGUCCUAAUAAAACGAUGGAUGUCUCAAAAGUGAAACUAAAGAAAACCAAAAAGCGAGAGGCUGACUUGCCUGAUAACAAUAUUACCAAUGAAAAAACAGAAACAGAGCAGACAAAAAUAAAGGGGGAUGUGGCUGGAAAGAAAAAUGAGAAGUCUGUAAAAGUGGAGAAAAAAGAUAGUGUUUCAAAAGAGAAAAAGCCUUGUAGUAAUGCUUCGAUCCAAGUGACUACCAGAACUCGCAAAUCAGCAAUGGAAACUAAAGAGAUGGAUGUGCAUAUAGGAAAUAGUUCAGAAAAACCCUGUAAAACCAAGAAAAGCAAAAGGAAGGUGGAAGCUGAAGCCCAUUCUUUACAAGAUCCUGUUAAUGAUGAGGAACCUUUGACAAAAAAGAAAAAGAAAGCAGAAAGAAAAUCCAAAAAUAAUCAGGAAGCGCCAAAAGGUGACAGCAAAGUAGAGGAGAAUAAAAAGCAAAAUACUUGCAUGAGGAAAAGUACAAAGAAGAAAACUCUGAAAAAUAAAUCAAGUAAAAAAAGCAGCAAGCCUGCUCAGAAGGAGACUACUCCAAGGGGGUCUGCUCAGACAGAGCCUCCUCAAAUAGAGCCUGCUCAGAUGGAGUCAUCUCCUCCCCUGGAGUCUGCUCAGACAGAGCCACCUCCUUCCAUGGAGUCUGCUCAGAUGGGGCCUCCUCCUCCCAUGGAGUCUGCUCAGAUGGGGCCUCCUCCUCCCAUGGAGUCUGCUCAGAUGGAGCCUCCUCCUCCCAUGGAGUCUGCUCAGUUGGGGCCUCCUCCUCCCAUGGAGUCUGCUCAGACAGAGCCUCCUCCUCCCAUGGAGUCUGCUCAGACAGAGCCUCCUCCUCCCAUGGGGGCUGCUCAGAUGGGGCCUCCUCCUCCCAUGGAGUCUGCUCACAUGGAGCCUCCUCCUCCCGUAGAGUCUGCUCAGACAGAGCCUCCUCCUCCCAUGGGGGCUGCUCAGAUAGAAGUUGUCCAGAAGGGGCCUGUUCACGUGGAGCUGAUUCCCAAAAAGUCUCCUCGAAAAGAAAAUAGAAAGGAAAAGUUGAACAUGGAGAGUGAAAUGGCACGGAAGGAGCAAGUCCUUAUUGAAGUUGGCUUAGUGCCUGUUAAAGAUAGCCAGCCUCUAAAGGAGAGCACAGGUGCACAGCAUCUUUUACCACCAUCACCACUGCUGCCAAAGGAAACCUUAGAAGAAGAGGAGUCAAGAGACCAAAAAUUAUUCACUGAAGGCAAAGGAAAUAAAGAAGCCCCUCUUGAAAAAGUAGAAGCAGAAGAGGCAGAUAAGAGUCUAACUGGUCUUGCUGCUAUUAUCAAGGAAUCUGCCAAUAUUUCAUCCUCUGAACAAAACUUGAAUGUGCCAGAGGGUGAAACUUUAGAUGGUAACCAUCAGGCUGAUACUAUGCUUUGUGAAAUGGAAAUGGACACAGAUGAGAACAAAACAGAGAAUCCCCCUGGCAAAGACUCAGCAGUUGAAGAACCAAUUUCACCACUGCUUCUUCCCUUACCAAUAGAAAAACAUGAAGAAGCAGUGUCUAAAACUGCUGUGGCAUCACCUCCUGUCACCACGGCAGUAAAUGAGUCUCAGGAAAUGGAUGAAGAUGAAGGCAUCCACAGUCAUGAUGGAAGUGACCUGAGUGACAACAUGUCAGAGGGUAGUGAUGAUUCUGGAUUGAAUGGGGCUCGGCCAGUUCCACAGGAAACUAGUAGAAAAAAUGCAAAGGAAGCCUUGGCAGUCAAAGUGGCUGAGGGAGAUUUUGUUUGUAUCUUCUGUGAUCGUUCUUUCAGAAAGGAAAAAGAUUACAGCAAACACCUCAAUCGCCAUUUGGUUAAUGUAUACUUCCUUGAAAAAGCAGCUAAAGGGCAGGAGUAAUUAAACUUUGGACAAGGCUUCAUUUCUUAGGUUGUAAGAUCUAUUACUAAAUUUACAUUCAUUUAUAGUAGUAGACAACCAUUUAUUUUAAAAAUUGCUUUAAUUAGUGUCCAGUGUUGAUUUUUAAGUGGCACUCUUUUCCUUAGGACUCUGUAUACCUAUUGUUGUAUAAAGUGUAGCAAAUCCAAGGGAGUUAGUGUAUUAGUAUACUAAACCAGCAGACAUGUAAAUCUGUUAGCUUAUGCAUUUAAUUGAAACAAGAAGGCCAAGGUGGUAUUACAGCGUUCUAUUGCUUUGUGCAGCUAUAACUUGUCAGUUUUUCUCCUGAUGGCUAUCUUCCUGUUUUACUUUAGUUUAUUCUUAGUUCCUUGUUUAGCUCCAUAAAAAUUGGCAUACUUAAAUAGCAAAUGACUUGAAGAAUUUGCCUGCUUUAUAUAAAGUUAGCACUUUAAAAUUUUUUUAGAGAUGAGAAGAGACAUGUAAAUUGAAGAAAAAUUCUCCCAACAACGGACAUUGUAUCAGUCCAGGUAUUUCCUUCCUGAGUUUUGAUCAAUAUUUCUUAUUUGUGUAUGUUAAUCGUUAUAAAAACAAUGAUUUUGGUGUGUUUUUUUUAUUUUGGUGCUUUAAUGGCUUAAGAUGUUGCACAUUGUUUUUUGUUUUAACCUAUGCAGUUCAAUUUUUUCUAGAAAUAGCAUUUGUGUUGAGCAGUAACACUUUAUACAUAUAUAUGCAUGUUGAUUUUGUCCUCUUUGGAGGGAUGCUUUUAGUCUUGUUUGCAAAAGGGCAGUUUUCUUUUUCCUUUGCUGCAAUUGUCUUUUUUGCAGAAUAUUAGUGUGCAAGUUUGUGAGCAAAUGAAAUAUGCAGGUUCAAUCCAUUGAUUUUGAUUUUCACAUCUUAUAUCUAUGCCAGAAUCUGUAUUUCAUGUAAGUUAUUUAUUUUAAAUGGAUGUAGUAAAUUUGUAGCUCUCAGUUUGAACUUUGCAAUAAAUAAACCACUAGGCUCUAUAUUGAAAGAUGUUUAUCUCAAAUACCAACCAUAAGUAAGUUUUUUGGGGCCUAUUUUGUUUUAGUACAGCUACUUCCUAAGUGUACAGUGUUGAGUCGUAUCUUUGAGGGAAACCCUUUUUCAUAGAUGGUUGGUGUCCAUAUGGCUCCUCAGCUGAAUAAAGAACUGUAAGUGAUACUUGGAAACUGCAAACCUGGAAUUAGGAGACAUAAUUACUCCUUCAAGUUAUACAGAAUAUCAGUUGUGAGAUUCCAAAGCCAUAGCAACUAUAUGGAAAACCUAGGAUGAGAAAGGUAGUUUAAGUGCUGGUAGACCAGCUGCUACUUCCUAUGAAUACAAUGAAAAACGCUGGUGAGACUUAAGUACAGUCCAGAUUAAAAAAAAUCACACUUUCUCAGGGAUCUCCACAAACUAGUGGGUGUCCUGGCUGUCCCUAUGACAGCCUCUUUCUACAGGUGAGGCCUCAAGUGAGUUGUAGCUAGCCUAGUGUUCCUAUGGGGGCACUUUGUAUGAAAAAGAGUGUGUACUCCCAAACUUUUGGUGGUUCUUUGGACAGUUGCCAAAGAAUAUGAAAGAAUCCAACAUAAGGAUUUUUCUUGUUGAUAGCAGGUAUUCAUUGCAGUAAAAUAAAGUAUGAUCCCAAUAGGGAAUCUUAAAAAUUCUCAUCUCCCAUUUUCUAUUCUGAAAUAACCACUUUAUAUUUCAUUUAUUUUUUUUUAUCUGGUGAUCUCUUUGAGGCAGGUUUCAGAGUUUGGCAGUGCAACAUGAAAGAUUAGGAAAAGCAUUGAUGAAGUGUGGGUGGAAAAUUUGUUAAAAAUCUGAGAGAGAAGUUUGAGUUAAAAGACAUUUGAACUUGGAAUUGACUGGGAGGCCAAAGAUUUAAAGAAGCAGAAGAUUCUCUCAAGACAUGAGGAGUAAGUUGUGAGUUAAUGGUGUGUGUUUUGUGUGCAUGAAUGGGAAUUUGUAAAUGAUGUUGAAUUCUAGGUGAAUUCUCGGCUCCGACAAUCAUUGUCAACAGAAGAUCAAGCUGCAAAUAUUUAUGUUUAAAACUUAAAUUAUAAAGCUAGUUAAGUCUUUCUAACAACUAGUUUUAAUGUUCAUGGGUACAUUUUAUGUAAGUUACCUUUUGCAUUAUAUAUGAAAAGAUUCAUGUUAAGUACAGAUUAGAGAUUGGGAAUCAGUUUGGGGAAGACGUUUUUGUGGAUUCUUUCAUACUACGAAAGAGAAAAACUUGACUCUGGGGAAUUGGACUAAUUUUCUUAGCUAGUUUUUAAGAUUAGAACGCUAAAAACAAAAUAUGAAGAAAAUUAAAACCCCUUAUUAUUAAAUUGAUCUGUGAAAACAUUGUUACUGGAAAUUGAGUGGAACUUGAGGCCUUUCUUCCAGAAAACAAGGACUUGAUUGUCAGGCCUAUAUUAGGUUCUGAACCUUAAUGCCAUGUAUUUGUACUUACUAAAAAUUGUUUCAAUGAAAAGCAUAUUAGUAAUGUGAACUUCUGGUCUAGUUGGGAGUUCUUCCAUUUGAAAAAUGUGAUAUUUGCAUGGAACUGUUUGAAUCCUUUUGUUUUCUCAGUUUCCCCUCCACUGGAUAGAAUUGAAGCUAGAAUUUUCCCGUUUGAUAAGGAAUAAAAAGUGAACAUGUUAUUUGUAAAUUGCUGUUUAGUAACUAGAGAUAAACUUGAAAUACUAGAAUACAUUAUAAACCUAAUCCUAGGUAGUCUUAUGAAAAUGUAUCGCUUUUAACUAUCUUUUGAACCUAUAUUCACAUUGGUUUUCAAGAUAUUUUAAGUUAUAUUUUUUCCUCUUUUCAGAGCUGCUUCUUCGGGGCUACUUUUUUUAUUUUUUAUUUUUAUUGAGUGUAAUUCACAAGGAGCUACUUUUUUUUGGAUAAGGCUUCUUAUAACUAUGGCUGGAUGUUUUGCUCUAGUCUUCCAAGAAGGGCCAUUUUAUCUUUUAGAGUCAUUUCUAAAGUCGUGGUCUUUAACUUAGGGGACUAUUUUGCAUAUGAGUGCUCAUACAAAUUUAAACCCACGUAGACCUCAUCACAUGUCACCCCAUGAAUGUUGACAGUGGAGGGAAUACCUUGCCUGUAGUAUAAUAUCAGUUCUGGACUGAAAAGCUGGGGAAGAAACUUAUUUUUCUCUUUUGCAUAAAUCAGAAAAACAGCUAGUAUGCAGAGUUUUCUUAUUGACCUCAGCAGAUGAACUGAGCUGAUAGUGUUAAUUCAGAUUGAAGAAAUUAUCUGAAUCUUGGUUUGUGUAGAUUUGUGAUCUACAUGCAAUAUUAACUAAAUCAGAUAGCUUUUACAGUUUCACAUGUGUACAUAGGCUCUCCCCACCCUUUUCAACAUCCAUUAGUUAUUGAACUUUGUAAACUGGCAUUGAAACAUUACAGCAAUGUUUUGUUGCACCAAUCUUGUAAACUUUUACAGUGCAAUACGUAUUAUUUUUCAGAGACAAACCAAAGGUUAAUUUCUCAAGGUUCUUGCUGCCUGCUUUAGCAGCAUUUGAUGGAGGAUCUUUUAUAUACAUUUGUAAUAGAUAAAAAAUAAACCAGAUUGCAAAUCCUUUUUUUUUUUUCCUUUUUAAAGCUUAAACCAUGUACCAAGUUUUUGGUCCAAAUUGUGUAGGAUAAGUUAAACUUAAAUUGCAUUCUAUUAACCUAUAUGAGUGUAUUUCUGUAAGCAUAGUUAUGUUGAAAUAAAGUUUUAAAAAGUG